AUGCAGCGCAGCGUGUCAGGCGAUGUGGUGAGUGACCUUUCGACGGCCUCUCCUGAGGCGGCGCUGCGGCGUCGGCCGCUCUUCACGCUGGGGUGGGAGACGGUGCUGGCGGAGGAAGGCGCUGCGCAGACCGCCGCCACGCUCCUCCAUGACGACGACGGUGGGAUGCCUGCAGUGGGCGGGGAAGCCGACAGUGGAGAGCAGGCUGCCUUAAACGGCCGCGCUGCGGCGGCGGCGCAAGCAGCCACGGUGGAGGAGGUGCAGCGCAGGGCUGCGUGGGGCGUGCUGCGGCGCGUGGACGCUCCAGCGGCGGGCAAUGUGUUUGCCCCCACUGCAGAGGCGGCGGUGCGGGCGGAAGUAAGGUGGUGGACUCCUCCCGUGACGCCCCACAGACCUACGCCCGCGGCGUCCCCGCCGGCCUGGACGCGGCCGUCAUUUGUGGGGGACGGCCCCCCGCCUCAGCCUUCCGCGCGGGCUGGGGGCGUGAUUCAGCUGCAGGAGGUGUUCCCCGCCAUCGGGGGACGGCGCCGGCGCCGCGUAGGGGGGGCAGGCGCCAGCGGAGGCGACACCGCGGACCGGUGGCUCCGUGAGCCGCAGGAGGUCGGGGCGGUGGGGCCAGGCGCGUGGGAGCUGGAGCGUUUCCUCCCAGGCGGCCCCGGGCAGGGGUCAGCACGCGUCGUGGACGACGUUCAGGCCGCGAUCACCACGGCGGAGCGAGGGGAGGAGACAUCCCCGGCGUCGGAGGAGGAGCGAAGCACCUUUUCCUGGCAGGAGCUCAUGCAGGCAGUCGGGAGGCGCGAUAUCGAGGAGGCGGUGAUGGGAGGAAGAAGAAGAGAGGAAGCUCUACAGGCAAGGGAGGCGUCAGAGCCGCGCCAGCUGCACUGGCCUCAGGAGGAGCCGAGGUAUAGUGGAGAGGGCCCAGUGCUCCUGCAGCGAGAAAAAAUAGCAGCGGACGCAGAGGCCGUUGGGGAGAUGCAAAGAAGAGCACGGGAGUUGGCGCAUCGCGUGUUAAUGGCGGAGCGUGCGCUUGCUGAGGAGCGCGCGGAGUGUGCCGCGCUGCGCGAGGACCUGGCUCGCUGCCUGGAGGCGGUCGAGCUGCCGCUGCAGGCAAACAUGAACGCUUUGCGUGAGUUGCGGUCCGAGAACAGGCGCCUUUCUCGCUGGCUUGGGUUAUGA